AAGUGUGGCCUCUUGUGGCAAAAAGAGUACUGCGAGUUUCACAAGAAAGCUCUUAAGAAUCCUAAGAACUCAAAGUACCUCAGUUUUAACUGUCACAGCUCGGGACAUGGGGGCCUUGGCAACCGUAUCCAAGGAAUUGUUUCUCUCUUCUUCUUGGCAUUGCUAACUGACAGGGUCUUUCUUAUCAACUGGAUCGGGCCAGGUAUAAUAGCGGACUACCUGGAGCCAAAUCAGAUUAAUUGGGAUUUGCCACUGAGUAGAUUUGGGACAUUCCACAAGAGCUUUUGGGGCGUGAUACCGGAGCCUGGUGGAUACGACCACAGCGUUGUUAAAUCAGAGGAUGCGUUUUCAAAAUGGUGUUUAGAAACUGAUUUUGAGUCUGAUGUAUUACAAACACGUUUUGAGGCCGUUGGCACCAUAUUUCACUUUUUACAGGAGUUAUAUAAAAACCCUUAUUUGAGGAAACAAGCUGCCAUGAAGGAGCUUCCCUCUUCGCCUUCACAAAUGUUCGGCUGCGGAUUUCAGUUUCUCUUCAGGAAGAGCUUAGCCAUGGUUCGUGCUUUAAGACAAGCCAGGCUUUCACUCGACAGAAAACCUCCACUUCUUGGUAUACAUGUUCGAACCAGUGAUCAUCAUUGGGGCAGUACAAAUGCGUUUUCAUACCGUUCACAUAACACAACUCUUUUUUUCCUGUGCGCACAUGAACAAAGUAAUUUUAUCCGGCAAAGGUUUGGCCCAAGUUUCAAUGACCUAAAAUGGUUCUUAGCGGCCGAUGAUAAGGCAGUCAAGACCGCAGCGAAAAAACAAUUUCCCGAUGAAAUAAUCUCGUUGAAUCUAAACCCAAAACAUCUAGCUUUUGGUUGGCAAGACAGUAACACUAUUAGAGAUGUACUCCUGGAUAUUUUCCUUCUGGCUGAGAGUGACUUCCUCCUUUUAACUUUUGGCAGCAGUUUUAGCCGACUUGUAACUGCUGUUGGACUACAUGAUGAAAAUAGUAUAGCUGACGGUGAACGAUGUUUGGUCAACCAA